UAUUGGAGAUGUGUCUUUUAAACUCAAAACACCGAAGAACCCAGAACUUGUUCCGCAGAACUACAUGACAGAUUCUUUGGCCCAGUCUGUAGUCCACCAUUUAAGAUGGAUAAUGCAGAAAGACCUUCUUGGCCAAGAUGUCUUUCUUAUUGGUCCUCCUGGGCCUCUCCGGCGAUCUAUUGCCAUGCAGUAUCUGGAGCUAACAAAGCGGGAGGUUGAAUAUAUCGCACUAUCAAGGGACACCACAGAAACUGACCUGAAACAGCGACGAGAAAUCCGAGAUGGUAGUGCUUUUUAUCUUGAUCAGUGUGCAGUUCGUGCAGCUACUGAAGGCAGAAUCCUCGUGCUGGAAGGUUUGGAGAAGGCUGAGCGGAAUGUCCUGCCAGUGUUAAACAAUUUGCUGGAGAACAGGGAAAUGCAGCUUGAAGAUGGUCGUUUUCUCAUGUCCGCAGAGCGUUAUGACAAGCUUCUGCAGGAUCAUACAAAAUCAGAGUUAGAUGCAUGGAAGAUUGUUCGGGUUAGUGAAGAUUUUCGAGUGAUAGCAUUGGGCCUGCCAGUACCUAAAUACUCUGGUAACCCUUUGGAUCCACCCCUCCGCUCUCGAUUUCAAGCUAGAGACGUUUAUCAUCUGCCCUUUAAGGACCAUCUUCAGCUAUUAUAUUCAAUUGGAUCAAACGUUUCCACAGAGAGAAUUUCUCAGCUACUGUCUUUUGCUACAACUCUCUGCUCUCAAGAAUCUUCUACAUUGGGACUUCCAGAUUUUCCUUUAGACAGCUUAUCGGCUGCAGUUCAGAUUUUGGAUUCCUUUCCUAUGAUGUCAGUCCAGCAUGUUAUUGACCGGCUUUACCCCUAUGAAGUUUUCCUUGGAAAGGAAGGCAGGACUGCAGUCAAAGAUGCAUUAAAACGUUCUGAGCUUCAAGAUUCAGAAAUCCACUUGCUUCCCAGAAGGAUUACAAAAGUAGAAAGUGCACAUGGAAACAAACCCUUCAAGGCUGAUGUAACUGUCCAGAUUGGUGAAAAAGAAGUGACAUUCCAGGUUCCAGCUGGUACUGGGCUGUUAAAAAAGCGUCCUCGAUCAGAUACUUUCAUAAGGACUUCCAGCCAUAAUCAACUACUGGCAGAAAUGAUGCAAUCUCAUAUGGUUAAAGAUAUGUGUUUAAUUGGAGGAAAAGGCUGUGGCAAAACAGUUAUUGCUAAGGAGUUCGCUGAUAUACUGGGAUACAGCAUAGAACCUAUCAUGCUGUACCAGGAUAUGACAGCUAGAGAUUUGCUACAGCAAAGGUAUACUCUUCCUAAUGGAGACACUGCUUGGAGACCAUCGCCACUUGUUACUGCUGCCCUGGAAGGAAAGCUUGUUAUUCUUGAUGGCAUUCAUCGAAUUAACCCUGGCACUCUAGCUGUACUUCAAAGACUAAUACAUGACAGAGAACUGACUCUCUAUGACGGCACCAGAUUGUUAAGGGAAGAUAGAUACCAAAACUUGAAAGAAGAAUUACAGAUUUCAGAUGAGAAGCUACAGGAAAGGUCUAUCUUUCCUAUCCACCCCUCUUUCAGAAUAGUGGUCUUAGCUGAACCUCCUGUCAUUGGAAGUAGUACCCAACAAUGGCUGGGUCCAGAGUUUCUGACACUGUUUCUUUUUCAUAAUGUUCGAUCUUUAAGCAAGAGUGAAGAAAUUCAAGUUAUUAAAGACAUGAUUCCAAAUGUACCCAGUGUUGUUGUGGAGCAGUUGUUGUCAUUAACACACAAGCUUCGGGAGACGAAUGAUGCCACGGCACAGUCACUGGCUUCAUCUUUAUCUACUCGACAACUAUUGCGAAUUUGUCGUCGACUGUCACAACAUCCAGAUGAAAGCCUUUACUAUGCUGUUAAUAAAGCCUGCCUUUCCAGGUUUUUACCAAACCUUGCCAGAUCAGCUUUACAUAAAAAUCUGCAGGAUUCUCAUAUUGAGACAAGUCCAGAUAUGAAGAAACUAGAGGAAAAUGAUUACACAUGUGAAGUAAACGAUGGGAUUCUGAAGAUAGGAUCUGUGACAAUGCCAAUUUAUAACUCAACCGAGAAAAUGAAAGUGCCUGAUGUUUUGUUUUAUGAAAAUGCACAACACGUGAUGGUAAUGGAAGAUAUGCUAAAGGACUUUCUGCUGGGAGAACAUCUUCUUUUAGUUGGCAAUCAGGGUGUUGGGAAAAACAAGAUUGUUGACAGAUUCCUUCACCUUUUAAACAGGCCCAGAGAGUAUUUACAGCUGCAUAGGGAUACCACUGUACAAAGCCUUACCCUCCAACCUUCUGUUAAAGAUGGUCUUAUUAUAUAUGAAGAUUCACCACUGGUAAAAGCAGUGAAGUUUGGACAUAUUUUGGUAAUUGAUGAGGCAGACAAAGCACCAACAAAUGUUACCUGUGUCUUAAAAACUUUAGUAGAAAGUGGGGAGAUGGUUUUGUCAGAUGGAAGGCGGAUUGUUGCCAAUCGUGCUCAUGUAGAUGGGAGAGAAAAUGUAAUAGUUAUUCAUCCUGAUUUUAGAAUGAUAGUUCUAGCAAAUAGACCUGGAUUUCCUUUCUUGGGUAAUGACUUUUUUGGCACAUUAGGGGACAUGUUUAGUUGCCAUGCUGUUGAUAAUCCCAAACCACAGUCUGAACUGGCUAUGCUUAGACAAUAUGGUCCUGAUGUUCCCGAGCCGAUUCUUCAGAAACUGGUGGCUGCUUUUGGAGAACUCAGGAGCUUAGCUGACCAAGGAAUUAUUAACUAUCCCUAUUCAACUAGAGAAGUUGUGAAUAUUGUAAAACAUUUACAGAGAUUUCCAACUGAAGGACUGGCAAAUGUUGUUCGAAAUGUAUUUGACUUUGACUCCUACAACAACGAAAUGCGUGAAAUUUUAAUCAACACUUUGCACAAAUAUGGGAUACCUAUUGGAGCAAAACCGACCAAUGUACAGCUGGCCAAGGAGUAAGAAUAACAUAUAUAUAUUAAGAAGACAGGUCUCUCAUGAUCACUUUUUAUAGUGUGUUAUCUUGCUGCUAACUGAUUUAAAAACAACCUGGAAUACUUGAAGUCAGUCUUCCUCUGGUUCAAAUUUAUAUUCCUCCAAAUAAGUUACAACAAUAUAAAUUACUUUGAUAGAGCAUUUGCUUAUUACUAAUAUUUAAUCUUUAAUGUCCAUGUACAUACUGAUAGCUUGUAUGGUAAACAGAUAUGUAUUAAUAAAGGGAAAUACUUGUUUCUUC